AUGUCGAGUUCUCCAGAAAUUCCCCUUCAAGUGGGGUCACUGGAGGCGCCAAGCGGGGGCGGGGGCCCCUGCAGAAGUUCCCCCGGGGAACCCCCAUCGCCUUUUCUCUUCGACACUGCCCAGUGGCCAGCCCAGUGGUCUCUAGCAAAAGGUAAAAGACAGCGCCGGCUGGGCCAGAGAGAAGAACAGGGGCCCCUCUGGGGCCCCCCUGGGCGUUUUGCAGAGGGGCCCCCAGACGAGGCACAGGAGAUAGUAGAGCCAAUGACGAACGACACGAAAGCAAAACCUGGGCUAGGAGGGAAAGCAUGCCUUAGGGCUGCAGUAGACAAUGAGACAGAGAAGAGGUUCAGCCAACAGCAGCAGCAGCAGCAGCAGCAGCAGCAGCAGCAGCAGCAGCAGCCGAUACUGCUGAGUACCGCGGCGGCGUUUCACCCAGGGCAGCAACACCACAGAGGCACUCAACUUCAAUUCACGAGCCUCAGCAGAAGCAGCCGCAGUAGCACCAACAGCAGCAACAACAGCAGCAGACGCAGAAGGAGUUACGCCAGCGGUGACAGCGGCAUAUGCGAGAGCAGCAGCAACUGCAAUAGCAGCAGCAGCAGCUGCAGCAGCAGCAGCAGCAGCAACUGCAGCAGCAGCAGCAGCAGCAACUGCAGCAGCAGCAGCAGCAGCAACAGCAGCAGCAUCAGCGUCAGCAGCUCCAACAGCAGCAGGGCGGCAGGAGGCAACAGGAGCAUCAGCCUCAGCAGCAGCUGCGGCUCACAGGCUAGUCCCUGCAGCAAAAGGAACUACAGCAGCAGCAGCAACAGCUGCAAAACAUCUUACCCAUUACACCAGAAGAAAAAGCCGCAGCUGCAGCAGCUGGUGCUAGUGCAGCACAUGCAGCAGAAGUCUUUGUACCUGAUGCAGAAAAAGGAUGCCACACUACAACAACAGCAGCACCAACAGCACCAGCAGCAGCAGCAGCAGGAGAGAAAUAAGAAUCAGCUACAGCGACCAAGGCAACAGCAGCAACCAGAGCUGCAGCAGCAGCUACAGCAGCAGCCGCUGCAGCAAACCAGCGGCAGCAACCAAGAUGGGAAAGGACCUGAAGCCCUCAGUCCUCACUCUGCCGCUGUGGGGCCUCUCCCUAAUAGGGGGCCCCAAGAGGGCCCCCCCCCUUUGAGUUCCAGUCAGAGCUCUGCUGCUGCCUUCUCAGCUAUUUCUCACUUGAGCAGGUGCAGCAUUAUUCCUAGCACAAGCAGUGUCAGCAGCAGCAGCAGCAACAACAACAACAGCAGCAACAGCAGCAGCAGCAGCAGCAACAACAGCAGCAGCAGCAGCAGCAGCACGGAAGUGCCGAAAGUGGCCUCAUACUCCCUGCGCAUCCCAACACAUGAGUGUAGGGGAGGGGGUCCUGGGGGCCCCCGCCGGGUCGCAACUGCCAUUGAGAAUGAGGGGCCCCCUAGCUCUGUGCAAAAGCCCGCGGUGCAGCAGCAGCAGCAACAGCAGCAGCAGCAACAACAGCAGCAGCAAGCGAAGCGGCACCGAGUGCUGCAGCAGUUGCACCAGCCUCAGAAGGAUCAGCAACACCAGCAGCAGCAUCCACACAGUUUUGCCUUGGCAACUUCAUUGCGAGAGGCCUCACCGCGCCAGGAGGGCCCUUGGGGCCCCUUUGGGGGCCCCCCGGGGGGCCCCCAAGGGCGCCCCCUGGAGGCCUCGCCAGAGGGUUCAGCGCCACCUGCAGAUGCAGCAGAAGAGAAAGGCUCUACGGAAAAAGACAAAGAGGGUUGGAGGCCUGACCCUGCAGAGAAGUCUCCUCCCUUGAAGGCCUUUGGCACCUUUGUUGCUGCAGUGAGAGGCCCCCAAGCAGCAGCUGAGGGGCCUCCAGCUGCUGCGAGUUCCCAGAGGACCCCCCAAAUGGCCCCGCCGUUAUCAAAUGGGUGGGAGCGCUUACUGGAGCAAGAGGGCCAGAGGGAACCCCCAAUUGAGGGGCCCCCCGAGGGGCCUCCCGAGGGGGCCCCCGAGGGGCCCCCUCCAGUUGCCAUUGUGCGCUGUGCCGUUUGCUGCAGGGGCCCCACAUUUGCUGCUGCUGCAGUCUGCUCGGGGGCCCCCGGGUCCUUACAGGUCUAUCAGAGGCCCCUGGCCUCCCCUGGAGCAAUGCCCGUAGCUUUUGUUGAAGCAUUUCUAACCCUCAAGCGCCAGAUGAAUGCCAGCCUCUUUUCAGAGGGUUUUGCGGGGGUCACUUGGACUCUUGUCUUACCGACAAAAGUCCCUUAUGCGGAGAGAAAACUGCUGCUGGAGGCCCUAGCAGCCGAGGAUCAGGGGCCCCUGGGGGCCCCUCAAGACGGGGGCUCUCCAGGGGCUGUUUCUUUGAGGUACUUGCCCAAGAGGGAGUUCACUUCUUCUAGAGGGGCGCACUGGCUGCAAAGCACUAUUCCUGGCCUUCGAUUCAGCAACAACGGAGAUAGCAGCCACUCUAGAGACGCACCCGAAGUCCGAGAAGGCAUUUACGAGGUUUCGGAGGCCCUGCUGGGGGCAGCCUCCCGCUGCUUCCCAGAAACAUCAGCGCCCUGGCUCAGAAUUCAGGGUUUUAGUCAGGCCUUGGUUUGCUGCUGCCCGCCUUCAGACAAACCCGGGGCCCCGAAGUGGCUCGCAGACGAGUGGUGCUCUUUAACAAGAACGACGAUGGGCCGCCGCACGCUCCUCUCUUGGAUUCUCUCGGUCCUGCUGCUGCUGCUUUUGUUACUGCUGCCGCAGUUGCUGCUGCAGUUGCUGCUGCCCUUGCUGCUGUGCCUGCUGCUGUGGCCACUCGUUCCUUCAGCGUGUUUCUCGUGUGGACCGAGAUGGUGCAUGUUUCGUGACAGGCUGACUCUCUUGCCCACAGCAGAAGAAGACGAACUAAAGGAGUUGGAUACAAAAAAGGAAGAUAUGAAUUACGCCAUUCCUCCCGGUGCAUCUUUCAUUGCAUCUUACUACGCAGGCCUACUGCUGUACAUCCACCGCAGCGUGCCUCAAGCAAACAACAAAGUGCCACCCUCGGACGCAUUUCAUUUUGCCUUCUUUGAUGACGGCUAUAAGCUGCGAUUGGGGAGCUGGAUGCCCUACUUGCCCUCGCCCGCUUGUCCCACUGUUGCGGGUCAUUGGAGUGGCUAUACACCUGGCCCACAUUGGUUCAAGGGUCCCGUCGGCUUUUGCCGGCUUUGGAAAAAUCCACAGGCUUCGCUGGAGCUCCUCCGAGACGGCUUAGGAGGCACCCUGCUGCUUAUGGAUGACUUCGGUAUCUGGACCAUAAGCUCCGCCCACCCUGUGCUGGCGCAGCGCCUGGAAACCCUUAACAUUCAGACAGGACUGGUGCUGCUGCAGCACCUAGAGGCAACAACUGCAGGGGGGCCCCCGCAGCCCCCAGGAGCCCCUCCAAGAAUUUGCCGUCUCGUGCCGCUCUUCACCCUCGGCCCCGGUCUCCGAGGAGACCACCACAGUCUCAGCAUCGUGAAUGCAACUGCACUCCCAGAAAGGGUUUGCGCGAGGGCUGCGGCGAUUUUCUCUAGUAUUUCAAUGCAACGUCAUAUUGAUGAAGAGGAUGCGCAGGGCUGUGUGUGGUCACGGGAUCCUCCCGCUCCUCAAAGUGUACAGCAGGAACGUCUGCUGUCUCUGUUGCAGCUGGCAGCAGCUGCAGACACAGCAGUAGCCCAACCCGAAGCAAACAUUCACCGUGUAUUUAACCAAAUAGCAACGGCCCUGAAAAGACUCGAGGUCCUUGGCAGACUGUCCCUGCACGCGCCGCUUUACACAGAUGAUGAAUGA